CCCAGUUCCGAGUGUGUCGUUGUUGUUGUCGGUGACGCGGCGGAGGUGUAGCCUGACGCGGUCUCUUACGUGUCGGCCCGAAUAAAAGUGGAGCUCCGAGGGCUCGCGAGUGACGGAAGGAGUGUGUAUCGAGGAAAGAUAUAAGACUCCUGGAAGGGAAGUGAGGAUGUAUAAUGAAAUAGAUUACACAUGGUUAUAACUCGAUGACCAUGGAGGUGGGAGCGGAGGCCCAGCAGGGUGCAGACACGGCUGUGGCUGAGACUGAGGCCCAGCAGAUCACCCAGGCCCAGAUCGCCACGCUUACUCAGGUGACUGUGGGUGCAGGACACACCACUGCUGCUGCCCCCACCGUCACCCUGGUGCAGCUGCCUAAUGGGCAGACAGUACAGGUGCACGGAGUGAUCCAGGCCGCACAGCCCUCCGUCAUUCAGUCCCCACAGGUGCAGGCAGUCCAGAUCUCUACAGUGGCAGAGAGCGAGGAUUCGCAGGAGUCAGUGGACAGUGUGACUGACUCUCAGAAACGCAGAGAGAUCCUCUCCAGGCGCCCUUCCUACAGGAAGAUUCUAAAUGACCUGUCAUCAGAUGCCCCGGGGGUACCAAGAAUUGAGGAGGAGAAAUCCGAGGAAGACACGGCACCUGCCAUCACUACAGUUACCGUGCCGACACCCAUUUAUCAGACCAGCAGUGGCCAGUACAUUGCCAUCACACAGGGAGGAGCCAUUCAGCUGGCCAACAACGGCACAGACGGUGUGCAAGGUCUGCAAACCCUGACCAUGACGAACGCAGCGGCUGCGCAGCCGGGCACCACUAUUCUGCAGUAUGCCCAGACAAGCGACGGCCAGCAGAUCCUGGUGCCCAGCAACCAAGUGGUGGUUCAAGCUGCUUCAGGAGAUGUUCAAGCGUACCAGAUCCGCACGGCAGCAGCGAGUACCAUCGGCCCCGGCGUGGUCAUGGCCUCAUCGCCUGCUCUGCCCAGCCAAGGAGGUGCUGAGGAGGCCACACGCAAACGAGAAGUGCGCCUCAUGAAAAACAGGGAGGCGGCCCGAGAGUGCCGCCGGAAGAAGAAGGAAUACGUCAAGUGUCUGGAGAACCGCGUGGCUGUUUUGGAGAACCAGAACAAAACUCUCAUUGAGGAACUGAAAGCUCUCAAAGACCUCUACUGCCAUAAAUCCGAGUAAUGUCCUCAUCCAUGUUUGCAUUUGGUGGACUUCUGUGUACGUGUACAGAGACUGUGUGUGAGCUCUCCCUGGACGGAACGCAUGUUUUCUAAAUAUACUUUUAAAAAAAACAAAAACAAAUUAAAAAAAAAUGCUUCAGACUGCCUGGAAAUUCCCAUGAACACACAGGGGCAUGAUCCCCAUGGCCAGAAUCUCUGCACCGACGGAUCACGUCUUUACAAAUGAACAGGGUGAAGGCGUUCUAGGACGUAAAUAAUCCUCUGACUCGCUUCUCUUGUUAAGCUCUCUAGGUUUGUUGGGAAACACGUACUGGUUAAUGCUAACGUGUUGGUGUAGACGGAACGCCUAACUGAUCUGGAGAUAGGGACGCUUUUAACACACCUGAAUAUAUUGUCCAAGCAACUCAGUUUAAAUAUAUCUGAACAUUUCUGGGUGAUGAGGGUCAGUCAGGAAUGUCCAAGUGGAGAAUGAGAGAGAUUUUUUUUCUCAAGCAUCAGAUUUUGAGCUAUAUUUGUCGGACUGUUACUAAUAUUUGGUGUCAAAUGUUUAAGUUCGUGUUUUGUUUUUUGAUUUUUUUUUUUUGGCCUAUCUACACAUUUCUACUGUAAAAAUAUGGUUACUUUGGAUGCCUUAUUAAAUAACUGUAUGAAAACAGAAGAAGAGAAUUUAAGGCAUUUAUAAAUGAAAAUAUUUGUAUUGUAUUUGAAUAGGAAACUAUUCCAGUCCUGUACGUUUUGAGUCGAGUUGCUUUACUGCAUUUUGUUACGAAAGAAGCCUUGCUUCUGGCCAAUAGUGAUCCACUGUACUGGAUCUGGUUUCUCCCCUUCUUUUGGAUAUUAAACUUGUUCUAAAUCGAGUUAUUUUGCGUUCCCGGUACCGUUCGGAACAGGCAAACACAUUCCUCAGUGUCAAAUUUUCUAGGAUUGAAGCAACUUUGUGCCUCUGAGUCGAACCAUAUUUGUUAAUAUUGCUGCAAGUGCUGGUGCAUCCGAGGGCGGACUGUGAAGAGGCGACACAAAAAGGGAGAAUGUUGAUGUGUUUAAUAUGUGCAGUUAGGUUUGUGUGUGUGUGUGUGUGUGUGUGUGUAGAGGAUCCAGGUGUGUUUGCCAAACUUGGCUGAAUUCAUGGCUAAUGGGAUGUCGAUGUACUGAUCUGGGCUGCUUCUGUUCCACUCAAGCACAAAGUGUUACAGUGGGCUUAAUUCGGGCAUUUGGGUUGCAUAAAGACUGACCGCAUACGAUUAAAUAUUAUAAGGAUUUUUAAAUGUCAUGGACUUGCAUUCUUUGUUUUUAUAUACACAGAUAUGUUAACUUUUGUCUUAAGCAGUUGAACUAAUGACUAGCAUACUGUAUAACAAGUAUUAUUAUUAUUAUUAUUAUUAUUAUUAUUAUUAUUAUUAUUAUUAUUGUCAUUACAGCAUGUUUAAACUUGUUUUGUAUAUUAUUUUUUAACUUUGAUAUCGCUAUGGUUAUUUUUUUGCAUCAUGUCACAAUGGUUAUGGAUUUGAUGUCUUUGUAUUUGAUGCAUCAACACAUAAAUAGAGGGUACAAAUAUUUGUUGUUAGUCUACCAUGACUGUUGCAUUUUUGGCAGCUAUUUCAUAUAAAACCAGUGUGUGGAAACCA